UAUUGGACCCCUAGAGUUUCUUUAAAUUUGCAAAACACCCCUUUAGUUUUGAUUUUUGUCUUGUGUUUCUAUUAACUCGGAUCUUAUUCACUCUCUCCGCCCAAGUAUCGCAGUUCCGGCCACCAGAGAAACAAAGGGCUAUCCAAGUAUGGCUUCAGAGUCUCCGGUGAGGCACAGGCAGUCUCCUCGACGGAGAAGUCCAUCUAGAAGAGAUGAAUCUUCAAGGUCUCCUUCACCACGGACGAAGAGACUGAGAAGAGCUCAAGGUGAAAGGGAGGUUGGGAGAGGUAGAGAGAGGGAAGACAGCAGAGGAAGGGAGAAGAGGGGGGAAAGGGAGAGAAGAAGAGAAGGAGACAAGGAGGAGAAGACGAGGAGGAACGUGACGGAUUUGGAAGUUGGGGAUAAGAGACGACGCGGCGGCUCAGGGAGAGAGGAGACUGAAGAAAGGAGAAUAGCGGAGGAUGAGAGACAAACUAAUAGAGGAAGACGUGAGAGGUCUGCUUCACCGUCAGAUAGGAAUAGUCGCAAGAUUAGGCGUUCACCAGACAGACCUUCUGCAUCAAGGCAUGAUGAGGGAUCUAAUGCAAGAGGGAGGGGCGAGGAACCCAAUAAUGAAGAUGAUUCAAUUGCUAGAAUGAAAGCAGCUGAAGAAGCUUUGGCAAAGAAGAAAAAGGAAGAACCAUCGUUUGAGCUAUCAGGGAAACUUGCGGAAGAAACCAACAAAUACAGAGGUAUUCCACUCCUCUUCAAUGAGCCACCAGAGGCUAGAAAACCCAACAAAAGAUGGAGACUUUAUGUUUUCAAGGAUAGUGAACCACUGGAUGAGCCACUCCAGCUCCAUCGCCAAAGCUGCUACCUCUUUGGACGUGAGAGAAGAGUCGCUGACAUUCCUACUGAUCACCCUUCUUGCAGCAAGCAGCAUGCUGUUAUCCAGUACCGGGAAGUGACAGUGGAGAAACCAGAUGGCAUGGUGGAGAAGCAAGUGAAGCCUUACCUUAUGGAUCUUGGCAGCACCAACAAGACUUACAUCAACAAAGACCCUAUUGAAUCAGAACGCUACUAUGAGCUGCGCGAGAAAGAUACCAUCAAGUUUGGUAACAGCAGCCGAGAGUACGUACUGUUGCACGAGGGUUCUGCGGAGUGAAUUAAAUCAGAGUCAAGCAGCAAGGAGAUCGCUUUUCUCAGGGGGUUUAAAGAGAGGAUAGUUGAGCAGCUUCGUUUCUACUUUCCUCAGAUAGCGUAUCUACUGUGUUGGUUACACAGUCUCGACAUUUUGUUAAUACUUACCAUUUUAGCAUUUGCUUACCGACCCCCAAUGUUAAAUUUGAAAGAGAUUUUAAUUUCUAGCUUUUCUGUUUUGUAAGGUGACCCUUUGCUAAGAGAAAAAGGCUGGCUUUUGGUAA